AGUAAUAAUAAUAAUAAUGCAUUUGAGGAAAGCCUGCUGCUCCUCCACGGUGAACCCGCAUCGGCUGCACCGCUCCGUGUGAACGCAAAGGCGGCCGCGAAGCUGUGAUGGAGAUGUGCGUGUAAAAGGUUCAUGUGUCCGGCGGGACUGCCCCUGGCUUUUUUUCUGGGGAAGAUCAUAUUGGAUCAUAUUGUUUGCAGGACGUUGUUCCUCCUGCAGCCCCCCCAGUCUAUCCCGACGUAGUUGUGAAUUGAACAUGGCGACUGUACCAGUGUAUUGCAUCUGCAGAUUACCUUACGACGUGACCCAGUUUAUGAUCGAGUGCGAUGCUUGCAAGGACUGGUUCCACGGCAGCUGUGUUGGUGUGGAUGAAGAUGACGCUCCAGAUAUUGAUAUUUAUCACUGUCCAAACUGCGAGAAGACCCAUGGCAAAUCCACAUUGAAAAAGAAAAAGAACUGGAGCAAACAUGACACAGGGCAAAGCACAGAUAUCAAAGCUGUUCAGAACGGCAGUCAGGUUUUCAUAAAGGAGCUACGCAGUCGGACAUUUCCAAGUGCCGAUGAUGUAGUGGUGAAGCUGAGUGGAAGUCAGCUGAGCAUGGAUUACCUGGAGGAGAACGGCUUCAACGAGCCAAUCCUGGUUCAGAAGAAGGACGGCCUGGGCAUGUCCAUGCCUGCUCCCACCUUCUACAUCAGCGACGUGGAGAACUACGUCGGACCUGACGUCGGCGUGGACGUGGUCGAUGUCACCAAACAGACCGACAGCAAGAUGAAGCUCAAAGAGUUUGUUGAUUAUUACUACAGCACAAACAGGAAGAAGGUGUUAAACGUCAUCAACCUGGAGUUCUCAGACACAAGGAUGAACAGUAUAGUGGAGAGUCCACAGAUCGUGCGGCGGUUGUCAUGGGUAGAGAACUACUGGCCUGACGACGCUCUGCUUGGGAAGCCGAAAGUCACCAAAUACUGUCUGAUCUGUGUCAAAGACAGUUACACAGACUUCCACAUCGAGUGUGGUGGAGCCUCUGUGUGGUACCACGUCCUCAAGGGAGAAAAGAUCUUCUUCCUCAUCAAACCCACAUCUGCCAACCUGUCUCUGUACGAGCGCUGGACUUCGUCGUCCAAUCACAGCGAGAUGUUCUUCGCCGACCAGGUGGACAAGUGUUACAAAUGCACUCUGAAGCAAGGCCAGACUCUGUUCAUCCCAUCAGGUUGGAUCAAUGCAAUACUGACUCCGGUCGACUGCCUGGCGUUUUCUGGACACUUUGUCCACAACCUCAGCGUGGAGAUGCAGAUGAGAGCGUAUGAAAUCGAGAAGCGGCUAAAGGUCAAAACUCUCACCCCCUUUCCUAACUUUGAGACGGCGUGCUGGUAUGUGGGGCGACAUCUCCUGGAGCGAUUCAAAGGUUUACAUAAAGCAAAUAAGCAGCCAGCCCCAUAUCUGGUACACGGUGCCAAAAUCAUCAACGGAGCCUUCAGAGCGUGGACUAAAAAACAGGCCCUCUUGGAACAUGAAGAUGAGCUUCCAGAAAACAUGAAGCCCUCACAGCUCAUUAAGGAUCUUGCCAAAGAGAUCAGACUGUCUGAGAAUGCAACAAAAGCCAUUAAGAGUGAGCCCAACAUCAAGAUCCCAGUGGAGGAGCCGCCGUCCACCCACUCCGAGCCCGAAGAGCCCGUUUCCCCGGCCCACGUCCCCUCACCCAGCAGAGAGAAAGCCAGGAAGAAAGCCUCCAAACCCCCCAAGCCGCCCAAACCUCCCAAACCCCCAAAGAUGCCCAAAGCUCCCAAACCUCCGAAGGUACCGAAGGUCAAGGAAGGAGGAAAGAAGAAGGCGAAGAAAGCAAAGGAGUCAUCGCCGCCUCCUAAACCGUCUAGUUUUGCAGCUCUGGAGUCCCAUGCGAAGGACAUCCUAAGCAAAAUGGACCAGCCUAAGAAGGCGAAGGCUGUUAAGAAUGUCCUGAGUAUGUCAGAGAAGGAACUUUCAAAGCAAAACAAUGUGGAGAAAUUUGAGAUCAGAGAACAGAAUAAAAACAAAACCGAAGCAAAGUGGAAAUAUAAGAACAGUAAACCAGAUUCCCUGCUGAAAAUGGAAGAGGAAUGCAAAUUUGACAGAACACCGCUGUCAAGCAAUAAAGACAAAUUCAGCUUUACUAUGUCUCACAAGAAAAUGCUUGGCUCCAAGACACUGAAACCUCAGACCAACUCAAGUGUUUUUGGAUCAUUACAAAACCUAAAAGAGGACAAAACCAAGCCGGUGAGAGACGAGUAUGAGUACGUCUCCGAUGAGGGCGAGCUGAAGAUUGACGAAUUCCCCAUCAGGCGGAAAAAGAACACCGUUAAAAGAGACUUUUCCUUUUUGUCAGACAUCAGAGAACCCAUUCAGCCAGCCAAAAAACCAAAGUUCCAACCCUUGAUGACCAAGAGUGUCGACUCCUCAGAUGAAGAGACUCUACACAUAGACACGGAGGCCAAGCCUGAGGUCAAAAGUCGCAACUCUAAGGUCAAGAAAAAGGGCGGCAGUGCUGCUGGGAUUCUGGACCUGCUGCAGGCGAGCAAGCAAGUGGGUGGGAUUGACUACAGCGCCAACAGUCAGCCACCUGCAUCUCCCAGCACACAGGAGGCCAUUCAGGGCAUGCUGUCCAUGGCCAACCUGUCGUCUUCAGACAGCUUGCAGCAGCCGUGGAGCAACAGCCAGUCCAAAAACAAUAGCCAGUCCAGGAGCAACUCGCACAGCACGCAGGCCAGCAAGAAGGCCGGGGGCGGAGCCACGGGCGGCGGAAGCAACAACAGCAAGAGGCCCACCAAACGCCUUCCGAAGAAACCCCGGAAGAGCAGCAGUAUUGAGAGUCUGGAUUAUGAUGAUGACCAGGAUCACAUGGACGCGUGUUUCAAAGACUCAGAUUACGUUUAUCCCUCGUUGGAGUCGGAAGAAGAUAACCCUGUUUUCAAAUCCAGAUCGAAAAAACGGAAAAGUAGUGACGACACGCCGUACAGCCCCACAGCUCGUGUCGGACCCUCGGUUCCUCGACAGGAACGGCCGGCGAGAGACGGAGCACGAGUGGCUUCCAUAGAAACGGGGCUGGCCGCCGCUGCAGCCAAACUUUCACAUCAGGAGGAGCAGCAGAAAACCAAGAAGAAGAAGAAGAGCACCAAAAAGAAGGCGUUAGUAAUUGAGGAGCCCCCGAAAAUCUCUCAGGACAGUAGCUCGCCGGAGCACAAUCUGGACUCCCACGAUGGCAACCUGACAGACCACGAGUUCAACACUGGAACGGUCAAGUCGCCGGGGGGACCACAGCCCAUGGCGCCGGGGGUGUUCCUCAGUCAGAGGCGACCGUCCAUGUCCUCGCCCAACAACAGCACCAACUCCACGAGCACCAACAGCAGCAGCUUGGCCAAGGGAGACCGCGGGGGAUCAGCAGACGCCAAAGCGAAGCGGCUAAAGAAAGGCAUGGCAACGGCCAAACAGAGACUCGGAAAGAUUUUAAAGAUCCAUCGAAACGGAAAGCUCCUCCUGUAGCAUGCAGCAGACUGUUGUAAGGACUGGGAAUUUCAUGAGCUGGGUCCCAUCCCAAACUCACCUCCGACCACCCCAACCCACCCCUACCCCACCCACCCCUCACUCCCACCCCAACCCCCCCACCCCGUUCACUGAUUAAAGCCAAUAACGGAAAAGAAAAAAAACUGAAACAAGACGGGAGAAGAAAAGAAGAAAAUCAUGCAUUUUUCAAUUUGUAAGAAGAACAUCACUCAAAUAGGUUUUUGCCUCUACUUAUACUUUAUAACUUUCAGAUAUUAAAGUGUACAGAACCUACUAUAAAUAUUUUUUAAGAGAACAUGUCUCAUUUUACUACAGCUGUCAGUUUAUCAGGGGUUGCUAAAACAUGAAGUAGAAGUACAUUGCAGUCAUUCCAAGAUUUCUGAAAGUAUCCCUUGCAUGUAUUCAGUUGCAUGUGCGCUUGGGUCGGGGGUUUGGGGGAUUUUACACGUUUAUUCCUAAUAUAUGGAUGCAGCUUAUCAUUGCCGUGCAGAGUUGAAACAGAACCCCUUCUUUUUUUUUUUUUUUUUUCCCCCCUUUCCGAGCCAAAAUUUGCAGCUUUUUACCGACCCGAGCUUUUUACAUUAACACUUACGUUUUGCAAAGCACUAUCAAGCGGUGGUAUUUAUUUAUUCGUGUCACGUAGGGUGACCAGAUCCUAAAAAGUAAAUGUGGGACAGAGGUAGUGUUGUUUUGUCUUGAAAGUAUUUAUUUACAAAAGUAGGAGUAGUAACAAAAAAUUAGCCAUUGAUAUAGCGUUGAUCGAGGACAUUUUGGCGCUACGGAUCUGCUUCUUUUAGCGGAAUAAUCAAGUCAGAUUCCACUUAUUUUGUUUGUUUCAAUGUAAUGUUGUGAAAGCAGGACAAUGACUCAACAAAAAUGAACAAAAUAACUGUUAAAAGAACCACGUUUUCCAUCUGAAAUCUCUAUCGUCACUGCACCGUUGAUGUUUUAAGACUUAUCAGCCUUAUCGCUCCGUUUUAAAUCGAAAGGAAAUCGAAUGUAAUAAUUUAUAACACGCUUGUGAAGUACUUGAAAUACUUAAUUUAGGACAUUUUUUUUUACAGAACACUCAUCUGUAAUCUGUUACUUUUCAAUAGGAACCUUCACAACACUCCUCCUAAUAUUCAGUUAACAACAGAGGAACAUUUUCUUUACAAUGUGUGACGAUAUUUGGAUGUAAAUUUGACUUUAUUCCCUCAUAAAGUGGGAUAAACCUGGUCACCCUAGUGGAGCGUCAUAGAUAGGAAUUUUAAAAAACCACAGGUGGACGAGGAUUUCAUGAAGCGACUGUAAAGCACAAAGCGAACGACGAGUGACCGAAGCAGCAGCGGAACAUAGGACGCAACAUUAAAGCAUAGGACACCACAACUAGGGCUGGGCGAUACCGACAGAAACAUGUCCACAUCGGUAAUUACUGCGAUAAAUGUCAAAAAGACUGAUUUUUGGUGAACGUUGUAGUUUACAGAGAGUUAUUUGUGGUUUUCAAUUAGUCAUAAAAGACAUAAGAUGAAAAAAGAUAAUAGAUUUAAGACAAAAGACAACAUAAUAAGAAUAAAGCCGACAAGUUAAAAGAUACAAGAGUAAAAUUAUAAGUCAAAACACAAAAAUAAUGUGACAUCAAAGGAGAAAGCGGCAUAAAACACCUUUAUAUGUGGAUUUAUGUUAAUUAAGAAAAGACAAGAAUAAAACAAGAGACAUUACAGUAACAAAAAUGGUGUAAAAAAAAAAGGGACACAAGAUGAUUAAAACUGAAUAAAAAAUGCAACAAGACAAAAAUAAAGAGAA